UUAGGGCAAAUCCACCGCUAUAGGAUAUAUUUUCUAUAGUAAAAAUGGGAAAAGUUUGCAUCGUAAACAGUUGCCAAAGUGGGCGUAAGAGGAAAAAACAGAAAAAUGUUACGAAAUCCGUAUCUUUUUUCCAACCAACGACUCCGGCACGGUUAGAAAGUUGGAAAAAGUCGUUAGGAAUUGCAUUAAAAGCAAAUGAUUAUAUUUGCCAUCUUCAUUUUAAAGAAGAAAAUAUAAAUAUGUACGAAAAGUUAACUAUUAAAGGAGAGCUCAAAUAUAUUCCUACACAAAGAAAAACGCUUAAGGAAGAAGCUGUGCCCACGAUUGAGCAUCAGUUUAUUCCCAUUCCCGAACAUGAACUCCAAGCCAAUACUAUUCACAUAGAGGAAUCUUUCGAACCAUACCCCAAUCAACCUAAGGACGAGCAGCAACAACAAAUCAAUGCCGAGCAACAGGAAUUAUCAGAAGAUCAAAAUGAUUCUAAUUAUUUAAUGGAUUAUGAAAUGAUACAACAGGACUUUGCGGAACCAUUGUUUAGUCAAUAUCAGGAUACUAAUGUAACAAUAAAUCCAAUAGAGAAUUUUAAAAGUAAGUUUCGGGCAUUUUCGUUGUUGCCGCCUUUUUGGCUACAUGCAGAAAAUCCUAAUGGGCUGGAAUUUAUGCGAAUGGAUCCAAAAACUCAGAAGAUUAAACAUCAUAUACGUUUAAACGAUGAUCUAACUGUCACUGUAAUUUUUCCCAAUAAUGAACAAUUGCCACUAAAGGAGAAAAUUAAUUCAUAUGACAACACCUACGAUUACUUAAAAUCGGUUGAAAGAUGGCCUUUGUGCGUUGGUACUCAGAUUGACGACAAUAAAUUUUGUAAAGGUGUGAUUAUUGGUGAUGAUACUUACGAAAGAAAUCAACAGUACCCAAGAUGUAAAUCUUGUCGAAUAUUACGAAAUCGUUUGCAGAACCGUAAUUCCACUUCAACUCUAUUACAAAAAAUGGCAGAAGCUAAACGGUCUGUGUUGGGACAGGUUAUAGACCAGACGUUCUUGGCCUCGGAGCAGUGCGCGGCCUCCAUAGAUCCAAUAGAAGGACCUAGUAUUUUCCCUAUAAGGCUUUGA